UUUCCCCACAACAACAACUGGAGCACAGCAGUCUCUUCUCUCCCAAGGAAUCCCAAGGAAGAAACAAGAGGAGAGCAACAGAAAGAGGAACUGGAGAGGCGUGGAGCAAAGAGGUUCCCGACAGAUGUCCGCCGGCACGGCGACCAAGCGAUCCCGGAUCGGGCAUCGCCUCCUCCUCAAGAUGGGCUUGAGGAAGGUGGGGUUCUGCCCCAUGUUCGACGAGGCCCACGAGAAGUACACCUGGCUCACGCACUACGUCGAGGAGAUGCAAGAGUCCCUGUCGGCCUACGCUCUGCAGCUAGCGCGAAUGACGGAGGCCGCGAGAGGGGUCGGGGAGGACGCAUCUCACAUUUACCUCAUCCGCGAACGGGGUUUCAAGCCGGCGGUGGCGUUCAAGCAGGCCCAGGACAUGGGGCACAGCGGCUACGCCGGCCAGCUACAGCAGGCGCUUGUGAAGGGGGUCGUCGAGCCUAUCGGAGAGUGGCUCAGAGACCUCGAGAGCAUCGAGGGCCUGGUGACGGACUUCAAUGAGAUACGAGUCCAGCACGACCACUACCGUCUCAAGGUCGAGGACCUGUCCCAAAAGGCUAGAGCGCUAGAAGCCCGGGCGACAACGCGCGGAGACAGCAGAGACGCCAAGCAAGCCGCCGAGAAGCUGAAAAGGAACACGAAAAAGCUGAACGAGGUGACGGUGGAGUUCGACAAGAAGCUGAGCAGCUGCUGUAACCGGAUGACCCGGGCGUGGGACGACCGCGAGAAGAUGAUGAACGGCAUCGUCGCCCGCAUCGUCCACUUCCAGGAGUCCUUCUUUGCCGAGCAGCUUAUGAACAGCCUGGGCGUCGCACGUAUAUUGAGCGCGGCGGAGGGGAGCGGUCCGAGGUGGGGAGGUACCAUGGGGAUAGAGCCUUUCGUGCCCAAGGGACACGUGCGCCACUACGAGGGGGAGCUCCUGAGAAAGCACAUGGUGAUGAAGGAGCGGAUGUGGUACCGCCUGGUGGGGUCCUCCCUGGAGGCGUACGACAUGAAGCCCAAGGAGGGCCGGGACAACACCCCUAUGUAUGUCGUCACGGAGCUGCCGGUCGCGGUCUACGAGGUGAAGGGGGUCACCAAGAUCUCCGGGGUCAACUUCCGGGUGACCGUGCUGGGCGGCGGCGAGACCGGGGGCGGCGGGCUUAACUUGUACGCGGCCGACGAGGUGGACGGGAAAGGGUGGAUGGACGCCCUCACCAGGGCCUCGGAGUGGGACCAGCUUGCCUCGUCUAACAAGGUGGAGGCCCAGGUGCGCGAGUCGAGAGCCUUCCUCAACCGGUGCAAGACGGCGCACGCCAACAACACCACGACCGACGGCCUAGAGAGGGACCUGGGCGUGACCGAGGCGCUGGCGAACCCGCCGCCGCUGCCGGCGGACCGCCCGGACGCGAAGACGUACAAGUCCACUACCACGGACGCCAACGGCGGCGGCGGCGGUUCGGCGGCGGGCGGCAGCGGCGGUGGAACCGAGGCCGCGGGCUCCGGCGGGGGUUCCAAGGCGGCAGGAAUCGCCCCGGGGGGCGAGGCCGGGGUGGCCGCCGCCGCCGCCGCCGCUGCCGUGAUGGCGGCCAAGGCUAAGGGGAAGGGGGGAAAGAACGGUGGAGGCGAGAAAAAAACAGAACAUGCGAACGGCACGAAGGGAGGGGGCAGGGGCGGCGGCGGCCGCACGGGGAGGGCCGGCCUGGGCCCAUCGGGCGGGGGAAUGUCUUUCGGGAUGAUGGGCAGCCACAUGAACCCGCCGAGCUUCAGCGGCAGCAGCUUCAGCGGCAGCACUCAUUCGUCCAUGAGCGGGGGGCUCGGCGGAGGAGGAGGAGGAGGAGGAGGAGGGUCCCAGAUGGGAGACCCUCGGCUGCACAUGGCAGCCCAGCAGAUGGGAAUGAGCAACAACGGCCGCAGCGGCGGCGGCCCGGGGGGCCCGCCGAUGGGGCCGAUGCCCCCUCACUUCGAUCCCCCCCAAGGGCCGCCGGUGAACCCGUCCACGGGGCUCCCGAUCGGGAUGACGCAGAAUGGCCCUCCCAUCGUGCUGCCGGCGGGAAUGGUUCCGCGAGGCGGCGGGCCGGUCGUGAACCCGCCGAUUCCCCCCCCGUCCAUGCCGGGCCCGUCCAUGCCGGGCCCGUCCAUGCUGGGCCCAUGGGGAUCAACACCGCAGCAGCAGCAGCAGCAGCAGCCCGGCGGCGGCUGGGGAGGCGGCGGCGGGCUGAGCACGUCCCGGUCGUUCACCUCCAGGUUCGGCAUGAAGCAGGGCGCGGCCGGGCGGCAGCAGGGCUUCCGCCGGGCCAGCAGCUUCGGUGACUGGAUGGGCCCGAGCGGGGUAGGGCAGCCGCUGUCUCCGACGAUGGAGAUGGACAGCUUCGAGACGCAGUCCACUAGGAGCGCGCCGCCGUUCGGGGCGACGGCGGCAGUGGGCGACGCGACGGCGGCAGCGGAAGGCGGCCACGUCACCGGCACCGAGGAGACUAAGUCGUCCACGAAGGACAAGAAGGGCGAUGAGGGAGCAGACAAGGCCACCGGCGCCAAGGCCGCCGCUGCUGCCGCCGUUGCCGCCGCCGCCGGGGCCGCCGCUACCGCAAGUAAAUCCGCGGAGCCCCCCGCCGCCGUUCCCCCGGCCCCGGUCCCCGGCGCCAUCACCAUCCAGACGAUCCAUACCAAGAAGGACGCUCCCCCGGCCGCGGCCCCGGCCGCGGCCCCCGCCCCCGCCCCCGCCCCCGCCGCGGAGAGCAAGAAAUCGGCGCCGGCCGCUAACGCCGCCGCCGCCGCUGCGGCGGCGGCUAUCCCGCUGUCGGACUUGUUCAAGAGGGGUGACGACGGCGGGCUGUCGCGUUACGACACGAGCGGCGAGACGCCGGCGCGGACCAGGGGCAAGCCGGCGUCCACCUGGAAGCGGAUGAUGAGCCUCGGCGGUGGCGGCAGCAGUUACCGGUACGACGGCGGGGACGCUGGGGUCAGCGGCGAGGGCAAGUCUUCCGCCGAGGAGGUGUCCGAGAGCGACAGGCCCAAGGCCUCCGCCUCAAGCCUCAAGAAGUCGAGCUGGUCUUUGAAGCGCUCCAAGUCGAGCGUCAGCAACGCCUCCCCGCCCCGCGCGUCUAUCUCUUCCUCCUCCGCGUCGACGAGGCAGCCCCGGACGCCGUCGAUGGCGGAGCGCAAGUCCGAGCGCAGGGCGGCCUCGGCGGAGCGCAGCAGGACGUCGUCCUCCACUGGCCGGAUGGCCCGCACCCCGUCGACGGUCGGCCGCCCGGGCCGCUCCAGCAGGGCGUCGGCCGGCGGCGGCGGCGGCUCGAAGGGAUCGAAGGCCGCUCUGUCCCCCAUGGAGGACGUCGACAUGGACGACGACUUCAAGCGCGCGCCGCCGCUCUCCCGCGACGAGACCAGCCUCGGACGGACCACCAGGAUAAAGACGACCAAAAAGCCCUCCAGGGGCUCGCCCACGGCGGCGGCAAAGGAGGCGGUCGCCGCCGCCGCUGCCACCGCGAAGGGGGCCCCGGCUUCGGUGCCGGCAGCGCGGGCGCCGGGGGCAGCGGCGGCGGCGACUGCCGCCGCCGCCGCCGCCGCCGCCACCAAUCGCGAGAACAUUAGGAAAGCGGGGGCGAAAUCUACCGCCGCCGCCGCCCCCGCUCCCGCCACCGUCCCCGCUUCCGCGGGCGGCGCGUCUUCGUCCCGGGCCGCCGGCCGUGUGCGACUGGGGAGCGGUGGUGAUGCCACCGAGGCCCGGGUGGAAGCGCCUUCCGCUACAGUCUUGGCCGCGAGCGACACGACGGACCGCUCUACUGCAUCCGCCGCCGUGGCCGCCCCGGCCCCGGCGCCGGCGGCGAAGCCGAAGCCGAAGCCGAAGCCGAAGGCCAAGAUGUCACGCGUCCCGAGCAUCAUUGGCCCUGUCGCCGCGGGUCUCGGCAUCAAGUUUGGCCGUAGCAGUGGCGGUGGCCCUCCAGGUGUUCCGGCCACUCCUGCUCCCCCUGCUGCUGCUGGUGCUCGUGCUGCGGCUCCUGCGGCUGCUGCGGCUGCUCCUGCUGCAGCUCCUGCGGCUGCUCCUGCUGCAGCUCCUGCGGCUGCUCCUGUUGCUACUUCUACUGUUUCUCGUGCAACUACUGCGGCUCCUGCUUCUGCUGCGGCGCCAGCUACGACUGCAGCGCCCGCUACUGCUGCGGCACCUGCUACUGCGGCUCCUCCUGCUUCUGCGGCUUCGCCUGCUUCUGCUGCGGCUGCGGCUACUAAGGCCACUCCUGCCUCGGCUGCGGCUACCACUGCUGAGGCUACUCCUGCUGCUGCUGCUCCGGCUCCUGCUACUGCUGGUACUGCAGCCACUGCUGCUGCUGCUGUUAAAGCUAGCAGCUCACCGGCCGGUAGCUCCACCACCAAAGCCAGCGGCCCACAGGCCAGUAGCUCCGCCACCACAGCUGCUGCGGACCCACAGGCCAGUAGCUCCGCCACCACUGCUGCUGCGGUGGCGGCCAGUGCUGCUGCCGACAAGGCCGCGGCGAAAUACGCCGCAGAACGGAAGGCGUCUGCGGAAGCGGCAAAGAGGGUGGACGGCUCCACCGGGAUCAUGAAGAAUCCCACCCUCGAAGAGAUCAUGAUGCGCAGCAGCGAGGCCGGCGACGGAGGCAAGAGCAGCGGCGGUGGCAGCACCAACUACAUGGCUGUCCCUGCGGUGGUGCGCACUGUCGCAGGGACCAGCGCUCCCGCCGCGAAGGCUAAGAACGACGGCACCCAGGACUCUGCUGCCCUCACCACCGCCGAGGUCUCUCGGCGGACCGACGCUGGCACCACCGCCGGAAGCAGUGGCGGCAGCGUCGUCGCCGACACCCCGAGCAGCGCCGCCAGCACCCGCGCCAUGGUCGGAGACCCCACCCCCGUAGACCCCACCCCCGUCAUCCCGGCGGUCGAGCCGCCGUCCGAGAGCCCCGCCGGGGGCUGCGAGUACAUCACGCCUGCCUACUUCGCCGCCUUCAGCGCCGCCACCACCCCAACGCCGGCCGGCGGUGCCGGCGCCAACCCGGCCGCCACCUCCGGNCCGGCCGGCGGUGCCGGCGCCAACCCGGCCGCCACCUCGUCCGCCGCCGCCUCAUCGGCCGGAGCGGCUGCCGCCCUCACGCCGAGGACGGCAGCGGCGUCGGCGGCAACCGCGGCCGCCGAAGCCAGCAGCGUCGCGGUGGCGGCGGCGGCGGCGGCGUCCGCGGCGGCGGCGUUGGCAGCGGAGCAAGACGCGCAGCAGGGCGGCGUCGACGGGGUCGGCGCCGGCGGCGGUGCCAGCGACAGAGCCGUAGUUGUUGGGGCACCCCCGACAACCGCUAUCACCGCCUCCGGCGCCGUGAUGCCCGUUCCGAGUCCGGACACGCCCGGAAGCACGGGGAGCGGGCCGCAGGUCGCGGCCCAGGCCAAGGUGUUCCAGCGGCUGUGCGACUCUAGCGGAAGCGAGACCGAGACCGGCGACGCCGGAGGAGGAGCGGCGGUGGGUUCCUUCGGCGAGGAAUCUACGCUGUCUUUCAACCAGCUCAUGGGGUGGGACGAGGUCCAGGAGCUGUUGGAGUACGGCGCGUUGAAGGAGGAAGAGCUCACUGCCCUGUGGCAGGACGCCGCUCGCGCUCAGGACGCCGAGCUGGGGACGGGCGGCGACCCUCGUGCGCGGGCGACGGACAUCUGGGGCAGCGGAAGCCCCGGCGCCGCUAAUGCUGGUGCCGCUGCCCCUGGCAGCCAGGAGGGCGGCAGCAGCGGAAGCACUAGGGACGUGCUCACCGUCAAAGGGUUCAUGAUCCUCGUGAAGCUUAUCGAGGAGCUCCAGUUCGAGAAGGAGCUGGAGCAGGACAAGGGUGUCGGGCUGGCCCCGGGGCCCGUUUGCGUUGUUUAAAGCUACCUACCUACCGGCCCCCGCCGUGCGCGCGAUUCUUGGGUAGUCCCCUCCCCCAAUCUCAUGUGUGUGAGUACGAGCCGAUUGAAAUGGCACGAUGGCGGUAGUGGUUGUGCCUGCUUUGGUCGAGAUAUGUGCAGUUCAGCCCCGUUUCGAUGGAUGGCACUUGAGCGUUGCUUGCGUCCUUGCGAUCCCUUUGGAGUGGCUUGCUUUUCGUGUGGCAUGGAUCCAGCUGACGAGGGGGGGGGGGGGGGGGGGNGGGGGGGGGGCUUAUUGGGGGGGCGGAGGAGGGUAAUGAACGUAGUUGAGGCUUGGCUGGGAUGUGAGUUUUUUCGUGUGUUCUUAACAACCGGCUUGCUUGGUGGGGUGGUGGCCCGAGCCCGCCGCACUGCCGUCGUGUACCACACGGCCCUUUGUCCAGAGUGGCGGCGGCGGCGGCGGUGGUGAAUAGGUGGUAGUGUCACGCUCGCACGGUAAGUAGUCUUGGGUGGUUUUUGCAGGAGGGCCGGGAGAGAGCCACCCCACCCCGCCAGAGAGACAGAACGUUAUAGACUUUUUGUGGCACGCGUGCGCCGCGGGGGUGGGUGUGCGUAGGGGGGGGGCGCACAACCGUUGAUUCUGCGUGUUUUCGAUAAUCUUAGCACCGACCCUCUUGAGUGUGGUUAAUGUGGUGCGUUUUGUGAUCGGCAGCGGCUGGGCUCUCGUGGUUUUCGUUCAUGACAGUUGAGCGACGCCAAAGAACGAGAUCUGUUCACCGAGUUUUUUUUUUUUUCUGUGUCGCUUGGCCUUAGUCUUAGCCUGUGCCUGUAUAUAUCAAUCUGGAUCUGAAAAGUUGUGUCGUGCGUGUUAUUUUAUUGGUCUGGAUUUACAAUCUGAAGGGUGUGUUUCUGUCCCCGUGUGUUCUUGUUUUCGCAUCCGGCAUGAAUCUGACUCCGUACGGCUUUCCCGGGUGUGAUGGCGUUGUCCACAAGGAAAAUUGGGCGGUUGUUCAUUUACUAAAAACCAAAAAUAAUUCUUGGCUUUAUAUAAGCUGCGAAGACGAGAGGGGGGGGGGGGGGGUACUACGUGUAUUUGUGUUUCUGCAGAAGUUUGCGGCAUACCCUCUCUCUACCCUCUCUAAUGUUGGUUGUUCUUCUGUGCCCUGUGCUCGCCUCGCCCGUACCCUGUAGCGGACACGUUUUGAUUCGGUUGAUGGUGCAAUAUUGCCCACGCUAUUUUAGAACAAUGAUCAGCCUCCCGGCUCUCAACACGCACUUCAGAAGUUAAGUGAUGCUGCUACGUAGAGUGGGGGUUGACGGGAAGCGUGUGUGUGCGUGUUUUGUUUUUGUUCUUUCGUCGUUCCCAAACGUGUUGAGCUCUCUAUUCUCGUUAUUUUAGAAUAUAUCCAAUAGCAGCAUGGAAACGCGACGCAAGGCCGACAUCUCUCUCUCUCUCACACUCAAGUCAGCAGGGGAUGGAUUUGUGUUGGGAGACCGGGUAGUGGUGGGUGGCAACUACCAGAGACGGUAGGCAAGAUAGUUGACCUUCCUGGUUCCGUUUUUUUUUUUUUUUUUGCACGGGAGAAGGAAUCAUCUACUAAAUCUACUAAGCGGGGGCGGGGGGGGGGCGGGGGGCGGCAGUUAGAAGAACAACGAGGUUGUUUUCUUGCCGCUCAGUGCUACAGUAGAACACGGUUGUUUUUUACCGCUCAGUGCUUUACAGCGUGGGUUGAUGGGGAGGGCGGAGAGCUAGCUCCCUUUUGGUUUGCACCCGCCACGAAAGAUGACACCGUUUUUGCCUACAGUAGUAUGAAGGAGAAAACAGCCGGUCGGCGGUGUUCCUGUGCGGUGCGUGACGACGAUGCUAGACGGCAUCACAGUGUACACGUUCACCCUACAACCCGCACAUACCUUGGUUCUACAACCCGUGGCGGGAGUGUUGAUAUCAUAACAUAAGACACGGCGAGAAGCGGCAAGCACCGUUCAUUAUGAACUACGUACAUUAACAUACAUACGACCACUUAGAUUGAACGAAAGUAGUCUCGACUACAUGACGCGUUUUUUAAUUUUUAUGUUUUGCGUACGUACGUAUUCGAUUACAAUUUCUUCAGCAGCUCAACGUCAGUCGCGCGAUGUAUUACUUGCAUGUUAUUUGUCGUAUGGGACGCUCGCGGACGAUGAUGACGGAAAGGGGGCGAUUUCAGGGAUUUAUCUGUCACACCUGUCGUAGCUCUCGGGGUUGCAAGGAGACCUGAUGGUGGUUGUGCGUGUGAAGGCAAGGAAGGGCGAUACAGUGGCGGCUGGGAUGAUGAGUGGCUGUUUUCGCCUGACGACGUGGUAUGGUGAACAAUGAACAGGGUUUUGAUCAGAAAGCAAGGACGGUUACGACUUGACCAAUGUUGUACACAGUCAGUCUACUUGGUGCUUCCCCCCCCCGAAAAAGAUAUCGAGCAAGCGGCUCGGCUGGGUAGGAUCCUGGUGAUGCCGGCCGAUGACUUAAUGAUGGACAAAACCUGUCGUUGGUAAUGUGUUCCAGGCACUCGAAGACGCCCUCUUUUUGUCACCGAGGCCCGCGCAUACGUUGUAUGUGGAGUGUCAUGCAUGUGGUUGUCUCUUUAGCAUCGACCGCGCUACAGCUAACCGGCUGUCUCACGAAAAGACGUCAGUCUCAGUAUACCGUACCGAUAUAGUCUUACGCAUGUAGUCUAUGUGUGUGCAAGAAACAAAUAUUUUUUUGUCGGGCCGCCUCGCUGGCUCGCUCGACUCGUGCUCUUGUACCGCACUGCAAGCACAACAAAUGGAAAACAAGAGAACCUUCUCAUGAUGAGUGAAUGUUGGAGACCGUGACCUCACGAUAUGCAUGCGUUCGUAUCACGGCUACACUCUGUGACUCAUCUUGUAAAACUUCUCUUGCUGCAUGUAGCUUUUCGCUUUGGGCGCGCUCGGCAACGACAGGAAGAGAUCAUCAUUGAUUGAUUGGCCUUCUCCUCGUCCCCAUCCAUGAUAAAAACGUCAACUCACUCACUUGCAUGCAGACCUUGCUCGCCAAGCAUUCAAUUAAGGUAAGACUGACUGACGUCUUGCCAUUGGUCGACCGGCCAGCGCGGUCGAUGCUGGCGCAGGCAGACUACAAGACGUCUUCGUCCGAAACCUACAGUAGUAGUGUCACACGCUACACGGACGGCCAGAAGCAUGCCAGCUUUCAACCUACGGCAAUACAGUAGUUGACCCAUAGUCUAAAGAUAGCACGCACAAUUUGCACGAACCCGUUUCGCCCCCGUUUCACUCGUUGGACUACCUUAGUACACACUGGUACACACGUGCUGCACAACCUAACGCCUACAACAUUACCAGGCUGACCUAUUUACGAACCGAGGUGUUGUAGCUCAAAAAGAUGCGCGUGGCAGACGCCGCAAUGAAGACAAUACAAAUACAUAUAUAUAUAUAUAUACAAGUAUGCGAAUUGAAGGGACUAUCUAGCAGAACAAUCUGUACCUGCAGAUCAGAUCACUGUAACCUCCUUAAAUAUAUCAUAUAACAACGUCGUGAGCCCUUCGAUUCCCCCC